CGCCACGCGUAGCUCAUAGGAAGUGAUUUGAAUUUACACAAGUAAACACAACAAGGACAAACGCUACUCGUGAACAGCAAGAUUUUAAAAAAUGGGUGUCAAAGGUCUUCAGCACUUUAUGGACCUUUGCUGUCCAGAAGCCUGUGUGACUGUAAACCUGAGAGAAAUGGCCAGACAGCAUGUUGCCAAAGGCCAGCAAGGCAGCACAAGCACAGCUGACACUACCAGCCCCACACUUGUUGUGGAUGGUAUGGCCUGCCUGCGCCACUGGUACUCAUGUAAGGACUGGGUAUGUGGGGGCCAGUGGAGGGAGUACAUGGAUGUGCUAAAGACCUGGGUGGAGGCCUUCACCUCAGCAGGCAUCAGACUAGUCUUCUUCUUUGAUGGGGUGGUGGAAGAGCAGAAGAGACAGGAGUGGGUGAAGAGGAGACGCAGAGUGAACAGGGAGGUUUCUAAAUUAUUUCGUCACAUGAAGGCACAUGGAGUGCAACCUGGUAGAGAGCUCUUUUGUCUGCCUUCUGGUCUGGCAACAUUCACGCGCUUUGCUCUCAGGUCACUGGGUCAGGAAGUGUUCUGCUCAGUACAGGAGGCUGAUUAUGAGAUAGCACGCUAUGCUCGUCAGCAUAGCAGUAUGGGCAUUCUGGGACAGGACACAGACUUUAUCAUAUACGACAGUGCCCCCUACUUGUCUGUGGCAAAGCUGCGGAUAGACAGCCUCACCACUGUCCUGUACGACCGACAGAGGCUCUGCCGAACCAUUGGAUUGGCUGUUACCCAGCUACCACUGCUGGCCUGUCUGCUAGGUAACGAUGUGGUGUCAGAGGAGAAGAUGCAGCACAUCAGGAACGACGCCAUGGAAACAUACAGGAUAAACAAACCUACACCACACUCGGGUGCUCCUCAGGGGCAGAUGGUUCUAGCUGUAUCCCACCUUGUGAGCUCCUUGUGGGGCAGAGAUGAGGUAGAGACUGGGCUUAUCCCCCAGUCUCUGAAUCUGUCUGCUGCUCAAAGAGAGCUGUUGAAGAGGGGGAUUUGCUCCUACUUGCUGCCUGGACAGGAAGUUCUUCAACGAGGUGACAUCUCUGCACUUCCCUCUGCCCCUGCCUUUGAGAAAAAUGUUAGUCCAGAAAUCUUAAAGGCCUGUAGAGAGAAGCACGUAGCAGCAGAUGGUUUCAUGGUUUACAGUGUUGUGUGUGAGGGAGUCAUUGAAUGUAGCAACACUCUGGAGGAUGAGGAGGACGCUGAAUUGCUGCCUCAGGCUCUUGUCUACAAGCCCUGCAGACAACACAUCUAUGGACUGCUGCUGCACGGGCAUGAUGCUAGGACAGUGAACUUAAUAGAUGGGCUGCACACAUACAGCAGCACUGUUGACCUUCCAACCAUCAGGGAGUGGUUUGUCUAUCCUGGAAACCCUCUGAAGGAACCUGACAUGGUCCACCCUGUCCCAAUCAGCCUUCCAUGUGAUCCGCCCGGUCUGGACUUGUUAUGGUUCGGCACUGGUCCUGAAGUUUCUGCUCUUCGCCUGCUGUCAUUCCUUUCAAUUUUUGACUGCCAGGAGUUCGCCGAGUUAUUUGGAGCUAUUGAAGACUCUCUGCUGGCUGCUCUCUGCCUGGUCACUUACAUAGCCCUCCAGGUACCAGCUUUGUCUCAAGAGGACUUGGAUGCUUACCUGAGUCAGGCCGUGUGUCUGAGACUAAAAUCCUCUCAGGAGCUUCAACAGAUCAAACUGCCUUUCCUUUGCAGUCGUGCGGUGCAGCUGGGAUCUCUCUAUGUCCGAGGACUGAGCCACCUGCUGGGUGCUAACUGUGCCAGCGGAUGCCCACUGCCCAGCGCUGCCCUGAUGCCUUGGCACAGCUUCGAUGGACGGCUGUUCCACUCAAAGUACCUGCUGGCACACAGCGGCACAGAGAAAACAGUGUUGCUGGAAAGCGAUUCGUCCUGCUUGCCUCUGUUUGUCCGCCUGAGAGUGAAACUUACAGAAGCCUGCAGGAGACGAGGCAGAGUCCUGCAGUCCAGACCCAAUCUGUUAGAACAAAGUCAUAAAACCACCCCAGGAUACAGAGAAAAACACGCAGGUCGGCAUCUGGGUGCUGGUGAGAGCUGGAGGGAGAGAGGAGAGACGACAGGAGGCCUUCGCCAUGGAGGAGGGUGGAGGGAGAGAGGGGAGGCGAGAGGAGACAGAAGAGAAUAUGAAAACAGAGAGAGACCAUGGGAGAGAGGAAGAGGGAUGAGAGGAGGCUGUGACGGAGGACAGUGCAGAGGUCGAUACCAGCUGGCUGCGAGAUGGUCGCAUCCUCCUGCACCAGGAAAAUAACUUGACCCUGAACAGAGAGAAGAGGAGGAUUAGAGGGGAGGAUUUGAGGAGUUAAGAGGAUGGGAAAGAUGUGAUGAAUUUCUCUGAACAACCUGAUUAGUGAAUUACCUGUCAGGGAUGUUUGUCUAAAGGAGGCAGUAUGUAGAGAAAUGGGGAUCAAGAGGAGGAGGAAUGAAGAGAUUAGGUAUACAUCAUUUAAUUUGCCAGUUUAACCUGAAUGUGUCUUUAUGUGCAUCUAAAAAUAAUCCUGUAGACAUACUAUGAACAUUGCAAAACCUCUCCUUUAUCUCAGGGUGGCUUGCUUGUUUUACUGGGACAGAAAUUAAACAGUACACAUAAUCACUCACAAAACAAAUGAGUCAAACAUUCACUGAGAAGUAGAUAAAUGGUUAAUCCUCAAGUCAAUUUUUACCUCUUAUUUGUGACAAAAUAUCUUUAAAGCUAUGUGUUUCCAGUGGCAUAAUCAUUUUAAUGGAAUGGUUUUAACUAGGGAAACAGCAACGCAGAUAUCAAAUAUCGGCCGAAAUAGGGCAUUGGUACCAGAGAUUUAUACACUUCCAAGAGCUAUUUGUGACAUGUCAAAAACAAAUGAGGCAACUUGAGUUUCUGCACAGAAGAAUGUGAGUUUUCUGUAAGGGAUAAUAAUAGAGAAAGAGGUUCAAAUUGUCAGCUGUAUUGUGACAAUAUCAUUGAAUUUAGAGUUUGUGGGGAUCAAACUGAUGAGGGUUGAAGAGGAAUGUAUAGCCAGUACAGUCAGUGUCACUGUCUUCCUGUAGCAGGGAACGCUGUAAAACCAACCAGAGAGGACAAGGAUGCAGAGAAAGUUUCAUGGCCUGAGUGCCCUCAUUCCCCUCUGUGUGUGUGUGUGUGUGUGUGUGUGUGUGUGUGUGUGUGUGUGUCAUAUAACCCGAGUAGAGCAACAAAUGAGGAAAAAUCAGUGGUGAUACAGUGAUGGUGAGACUGUGUGUAGUGUGACAGAGCUGAGUGUUUAUUCCCUGUAGUUUAAUGAUCCACCCAUUUCACAGGACCAGAUACAGGCUGGUACAUGUCUAUAUGUCUUACAUGGACUGUGGAUACAUGUUUAUCAUGAUCAUUUAAUCCAACGGGGAAGAUUUUAUCCUAAAACAAAUCCUGAAGAUCCUGGAGACUUGACUACAAAAUGUCAGCUUUUUCAGCCCCCAGACAAAACCACUGAGCACAUGGACACUUUGUAAUAGUAAUCUUUUAUGUUGUAUUGCAAUAUACUGCAUUACUGUUAGUAAUUUCAUUUAAAAUUUUCAGCAAAACUCCCUGGUGGAAGGUGAUUCAUCUUUCCAUUUGAUUCCCCCCACUUGUCGAACAUGAAACUUUGUCACCACAGUGGCAGCACCAACGGAGAAAAGAAAGUUUAAAGUUCAGGCCAACUUACAUAAAAAAACCCUCUUUAUAUGUUCAUACAUUUCUAUGUCUAUGAAUAUCAUAUCCUUUACUUUAGAACUUUGGGAAGGUUAAAUAUUUUUAUCUUCAUUCUGAAUUUUUAGAUGGUACAGAGGUACAAGGAAUUGAACAUCUUAGGGAUUAUUAGCCAUGUGUGAACCUCCCUCUUUCCUCUCAGUCCAGAGGCAGCAGAUCCUAAGAAGAAUCAGAGACUGUGUGAGAGCUUUUUUUGGGUUAGUAACUGUGGUGACUGGAGUGGGUGUGUAUGUGAGGAGGGGCGACAAGGGUGGGGCACGCAACACACAUACUUGGGUCCAGUUGCCCCCUCUGUAUAAUAACAAUAACAGGAGAAGGGAUGUUUUCUAUGGCGAAGAGGAAGCCAGGCAUGGAAGGUUAAAAGAGAGGAAGAUGGAAAAAAAUCUAAAUGGAAGACGCAAAUGAAGGAGCAUAGAAGUAGAGAGAGGACAAGUAAACAUUCAGAAGAGGGAAACGAAGACGACGACGAGUGAAGGAAACGAUAGAGAGGUGGAUGACUAAGAAUAGAGAAAACAACAGAAAACAGGAUGAGAGGGGAGAGAGUGGAGAAAAGAGGGGAGGAAAGGAUAAGAUAGAAAAGUUAAGAACAUAAGCAAUUUGAGUCGGUAGUCUUGCCUCAACCACAGGAAACCCUGUUGGCUGCCCGACAGAUCAGCUUCCUGCAUGUGUGUGUGUGUUUGUGUGGUGGAGGUCUGGGCGUGGUCCUUCCAGAAGCAGACAAACAGUCAAACCCCCUUUGGAGGCCUCCACCUAGGGAUUGGCUUGGGCCUCUUUUCUCUCGCAGUCGACUGUCUACUCUAUUUUGUCUUGCGCUCUCUGUCUAAUCUAAAUUUUCUGAGACUUUUGUCCUGACAAAGUCACCAAACAAGGCAGCCAUUUGUGAAACCCAGCUGGACCGAGGGGAUUUGAUUUAAACCCUUGUGGUGUUCAGUGGUGGCCACAAUUGGCGGCACCAUAAUCGAUCCCAUCGUAAACCACAUCAACAAACUUCACCUGAAGCAAAUAGCCACUUUGAGGCAGAGUUACACAUUUAUAUUUCUGCACUUACCUCUGCACAGUUGUAACAUUAUAAUGUAUAGUAUUUGUCACAAGUGUUGUGGAUCUUCUAAUAUUUUCCAGCAUGAGUCUGGUGAGUUCAAUGAUGCGUUCUGAUUGAAGUCAAAGAGGAUUUUUGCUUUGCAUUGUUCAUGCUGGCGGGCAGUCAGUGUUUAUUCACCACGAACAGACAAUAUACAGAUUGUACAGACUUCCUUGUUACGUACAUACUCUGUAUAACUCAACUACGACACUGGUUAAAGUUAAAAUUGUACCAUGAUAUGCUUUAAUAUAAUGUAAAGAAUUUUAACAUGUAUUGAAUGGAUUUCCUUGAAAUUAGGUUCAUACUUUUCAUCUAAAGGCCAAUUCACAGUUUUUGCACUCUGUUUAGUUUUUUAAAAUACUUUUUUUUUUAUGUUGUUCAAAAUGCAUAGACCGUGUCGGGUACACAUAACCCUGAUUGUAGUGUGUAAAGAAGACCAUCCCCUGCUUAUUAUUAAGGUUUAAAAAAAGCAUCAUCACGUCAAAAUAUGGUGCUAACUAGCUAAUGUUACCAUGCUAACACACUACACUAAGAUCAGGAGUAUGGUAAACAUCAUACCUGCUUAGCAUCAACAUUUUAUCAUUGUAACAUGUGCCAUUGUGUCAAAGUACAGCCUCACAGAGCUGCUAGACCCUUAAAAGGAGGGUUGUCAGGUGGAUGAUGAUCCAUUGUUCAAGUUCUGAGCUGCAUGCAGUUACAGCAUUUUGUGAGAAAAUGUGAGAGGAGACAUCAAUUUAUAUCAACCACAACACCACUUGCUAACAUGAGAAAACUGCCAACAAACCAGCUGUCAUAGAGGGUAAUUGUAAUUAUUAUAUGGUGAAUAACAUAUGUUCUAGGAAGUUAACAAGUACCUUCAGAUUGAUGUGUUGACCAAGUGGUGUUUUCACUUUCUUACGUACCGGUGAGCUUCAGGAUUGCAGAGCAAAACAUGUAUUAAAUGUAUUAAACAGAUUUAGAAAUAUAGAAUAUUUGAAAUCUUUCUUGGAGGACCCUUUUGUCUAUAAGAGUAGCUGUAUUUAUGCAGUGAUGCAUUUUUAUUCAUCCAAACUGUUGUUGCAUUCAGAUUGACAUGCUAAGAGGAAGGUCUGUUUGUUUUCUUGGUUGAUUGCAUGUGUGUGUGUUUAUGUGUAUGACUGUAUACACACAAAGAAAGAGUCUUGGCGACAGAAA